AUGGAAGGCGGCAAUAAUGGCGAAUCCACCAGUGGUGCUCGGAAAAUGCCCCGAUUUAGAUCACUCUACAGAAGAAUUAAGGCUUUUUCCCCAAUUCCAUACCUUGUGAAAGCCAGAGACUUUUAUAUGAGAAGCAUAUCUGAGUGUGCAGGGAGGGCUAAUUAUAGCGGUCUUGGUGUUUCUAUGGCUGCCCCGCCAAAGAGCUUCAGCAGCUCCACUGUUAGAAAUGAUGAUGAAUUUGCUGAGCUGGUUAGGGCAGCUUCUCAGACGAGUAAAUCAUCUCCUGGAGCGCAAGGGAGUGAAAUCCCGAGAAGUUUUAGUACUAAUGCAGCACCUUGUGUUGGAAGGAUCGAUGAGGAAAGCCCCUGCUAUUUUGGUGGGUCUUUCAGAAAGAAUGUUGUGCAAUCAGAUCUUCGUUACCCUCGCAAUCGAAGCCGUCAUCCUGCUUGA